CUUCAUCGUUGUCGUCAUCUCUGCUAGGGAUCCUCUUCGUUCGCUUUCGUGUUUACUGCUUUGAACGCGUAGACACAGCUACGAUUGACGCCACUUGAUCUCUACACGACUCGAGGCGUGUUGUGACAUUCCUCUGCAUCUUCUUUCUUCUUGACCUCACCCACUCGCUACUACAAUGGCAACGCUUCAGCCCCGUCAGCCAUUCGCCUCCCUUGACAGCCCUAGGUUGCACUCUCUGGCGAGUGCAAAGAACAGACAGAAUGCUGUCACUGCAUCCCUCAAGUCGGGCAAGGUCACUCUCUCGCCUUCCACUAAACGCCGGUGCCCCACGCAGUUCGAGGAUGAUCUUGAUUCGGAGAACAUUGAUCCUUCAAUCUUCAACUCCCCUUCAAAGCGGUCAAAGGCAUAUGGUGGUACUCCUCAGAAGGUCUCCAAGUUUUCCCUCACCACCGUACCAUCUUCAGCCCGAUCUGCCCCUAGCCAAUUUAAGUCCUCGAUGGCACGCAAUGCCGUCUCUUCUCCAGUCACUGCCAAUACCACUCCAAUCAGCCAGAGCCGUGGCUCUCCAAAACAUAAACGUGUUGGGCUGCUCUCCCGUCGUAAGACUGGGGGGUCUCCAUUCCACCGCGUCGAUCCGCCAUCCUUUGGUCGUAAAGCACAGUCUGGACUACCAUUCUCUCUCGAUGCUGCUCUUUCUGGUUCGAUUCCCACGUAUACCCCCAAGGCAGCCCCCGAGCCAAAGCCUAUCGUGGACGAGCCGAUGCCAAAAUCUUGGUUUUUCGAGAUUCAUGAAGACACUGCAGAAGAGGAGGCUACCAAUAUGAUGGAGCACUCAGCAUGUGUCCUCGAUAUCAGCUCCGACGAUGACUGUGAGACCAGGCUACAGAAAGAAGCCAAAGAUCGCGGAAAAGAAAACAUCCCACCCCCGGACUUCAUUGCCUCUGUCACCGCAGCCAGUAGCACCAGAACUUCUUCAGAAUUCAACCCUAACACUCCCGCUCAGGACCCUUUUACUGCUAAGGUGCCCGCCAAGGAACGUUUCGCCUCCGUCGACGCAAUGAACGAAGACCGUAGAGCUCUUGGAGAUCUUCCUGCCGCAGAUUACUAUGGUCCGGGCCUGGACGCACAGUCCUAUGUCAUUGUGAAUGCACCUAAACCAUCCCGCCUCUCCAAGGAGUUCAAGGAUUUCGAUUUCUAUUCACCAGCGUCCAAGAAGAACGAACCUGUCGAGAAAGAGAAAAAGGACAUCCCUAUCUGGACCGAGGACGCCCAAGCAGAGCCUACUCCUGUGGUAACUCAAUCGCGAAUACUUGCUGAUGAGUUAUUCGAAGAGGAACCAGCACCUAUCGAGAAGGACUUUGUUAUAGUGUGAGCGCCUCGUGCGGGGUUCUGUGUCCCGCGCAUUUUGUCUGUGUUUUGUGUGCCUCACGUGUCAUGAGCAUAUAUGCACUUUCCCCUUUGCGACUCAUACACUGCACCGGAAUCAUGCCUCUUGCCUCACCUUGCACUACAGUCUCCUUUCUUGUGCCUGGCAAGGGCUUUCGACGCCG